AUGACUAGUGAGGAGAGUUUUUUAGUGUUGGUGCACUAUAGAAGGUUGAUUAAGAAAAAAGCACGCUCUGUUUUGCGAGAAGAUGCGAAAUACGAUUCGUUUGUCAUAGGGAAUGACGAGGAUUUGGAGGUUCUGUUCCAUUGUCGUCGGCAGUUUUCCGAUGUCAGGACACCUGAGUUGUUGGCCAAACUUGUAGAUGUGGUCUCUAGCUCAAAUGGUUCGAACCGAAAUCCCCAAACUCUAGAAACAGCAGCCUGUUCUAGUUCGAGGUCUGUUGGUGCCUCUUCAUCCGUGCCUGUGAUUGCACCUCAGGCAAUGGUGGUUGUCUUCCCGUCCUUCGCAGCUAAUUCAACCGCAGUGGUGAUGACGAAGUUGCAUGUAUUGCCGGAUGAUGAUGACGCUGAUGAUGUGGAUCUGAACAUCAUUGCCGAUGAUAGCGGUGAUAACAUAGCAGCAAACAAAGAGGAGAUUCCUGGCGAACCUGUUGGAUUUAGUGCUAGAGAUACACAGGGUACCAGAGGUCUAUCAGAGUUUCAGGUUGGUCAGCAGUUUCAGGACAAAGAGGAGGUCGUGUUAAGCAUGAAGACUUAUAGCAUCCGAUGCGGGGUACAGUACAAAGUGAUAGAGUCCAAUUAUCGCAAGUACGUUGGAAAGUGUAAGGAAUUUGGCAACGGGUGCACAUGGUUGAUUAGGAUCAAUCUUAGCCAUCGUAAAGGUAUUUGGGAGGUAAAACGGUACAAUGGACCUUAUACUUGUCUGGCCACGUCGAUCUCGAGCGAUCACAGGAUUCUUGAUUAUCAUGUGAUCUCGGCCUUCAUACUGCCAAUGGUUAGAGUUGAUGUAGCCGUAUGUAUCAAGGUGGACCAGUCGCAAGCCUAUUUUCACUGGCUUUUUUGGACAUUUCCACCGUGUAUUGAGGCAUUCCAGCAUUGCAAGCCGUUGGUUAGUAACAACAGGACCCACCUAUAUGGCAAAUACAGGGGUACGUUGCUAGUUGCAAUUGCACAAGACAGGAACUCCAACAUCCUGCCUAUUGCAUUUGCACUUGUGGAGUGUGAGAAUGCUAAGUCGUGGUCUUUUUUCCUAUCCCACCUCCACCAGUAUGUGACUCCACAGUCGGGUAUUCUGGUGAUAUCAGAUCGGCACAAUGGUAUCAAGGCGGCACUUGAGGCUCCCGACGGAGGUUGGCUACCACCUGCUGCAUACCGUACAAUCUGUAUUCGACAUGCUGCAUACCGUGCAUUGUAUAUCUCUUAA